CAAGUGAACGAACACCGGCAAACGGAACGGAACAGCACGGCACCGCACGGCAUUCGAUGACAGACGUGCGAAGUUAAAACAGCAGCAAAAAACAAACAGAAACAGAAUCCGAAAGCCACCCAGCCACCCACCCAGCAGCUGAAGCCCCAACAUUCCACAAUAUUUCCACAAUACCGCAACUAAAAAUGGGAAGCUGUUGCUCAAAGGAUUUGGAUGAUAAGCGCUCCUGGAGUCCCGAGGAGACCAAAAAUGGCAGCACCACAUCGACCAUCAUUGCUCAGCCCAUGGAUGAUGUGGGCACCACCGGAGUGUUUACCCUCACACGCACCACCACAACGAGCACGCAGCAGAAAACGGUGACCACCACCAGCGACGGCGACCAGGAGUAACCAAUGGAUAAAUGGAUAAAUUGAU